AUGGCUGCGGCGCGUAUACCGGGCUUUAAUGCCAGAGCGUCCCUUCCACUACGGCUCUUCACUUCCGUCACAAACCCCCCUUACCAACCAUGCGUACGGUACCUUCACCAAUCUCGAAAACCCGCAACAGUGCCAUCACCUACCCCAUUCGUGCCCGAUGUCGAAACAUUCCUACGCUUAAUUGGACGAAACAUGUCCAGAUAUUCCAGCAAAAUCACCGGAUGGAAGCAAUUGUUUACAGCGGACUCGGCUGAACUUCGAGAAUUGGGCAUAGAAAUGACAAGGGAUAGACGAUACAUACUGCGGUGGAGAGAGAAGUUCAGACAGCAGGACUACGGCCCCGGAGGUGAUUUCGAAAACGUUGUUGACGGUGUUGCUGAGCUGAGGGCCGUUGAGGUCCCUGUCGAAAAGUCGAAGAGCGCAAAAACUACCAACGCCGACGGAGAGUCCCUAGAUGUCAACACAAUGGGUACUGCUACCCUUACACCUGGAAUGCGUUACGCGAUUGUCAAUCUACCACCAGGCGAAACAGAAAUCAAGGAUACUUCUAAACCGCUCAAAAAGUUUGCCCAUUAUAAAUUGCAUCACGGGAACAUGAUCAAGGGGCCAUAUGCUCAGAUUAUUCCAAACACAUGGAGUACCGCGGUCAAGGUUCAGGUUACUGAUGGCAUGUGGGAGCAUAAGCGUGGCAGAAAGAUUGACGGUGGUCAAAGAAGACAGAAGGAGAUCAGAGCGAAGAGAGCGUUGGCGGAGAGAAGGAAUGCUCAGGCAGCUGCUUAG